AUCACAUCAAGUGAAAGGACCUCAUGAAUUAGAUCACAUCCAGUGAAAGGACCUCGUCAAUUAGAUCACAUCCAGCGAAAGGACAUCAUCAACUUUUAAUAUUUGGAAAUAACGGUAGCUAAAAUCAAAAUGUUGCGUUUCAUUCACGGUCCGAUAUCGGCGAAAAGCGCGGUAAAUGUUCCCGCGAAACAGGCUCAUUAUCAACGGUCCAGCGGACAUAAGCGCCAAUAUCAUUCAAAAACCAACAUGGCGGAAAAGAAGAUGUGUUUCUGCACCAGAUGAAGGAAUUCACUGCAAGAAAACGCCAGAAUAAACACUUCUAAAUACAAAAUUUCGGUUGAAAUUUAAAGGACUGUGUUAUGACGUCUCGACACAAUUCCGUCGAUAAUUCAAGUUCAUCGAAUUCUGGAAUUCUGGAAAAGCUAGCUUCAAUACCUCUUUUAUGCAAUGUAUUAGAGACGCAAAUGUACAAUGAAUCUUAUGCUCAGCGAAGUGGAAAUCCUCAGAGAUACAACAGUACUGAAAAUGUCUCCAACACCCAUUCACAGCAACAGCAGAAUUACUUAAACUCUAUAAAUAAAAGCACUUACGAGAUGUUUCAUUCGUCGAAAGAUAUCACUCGGCAGAAGCAUGAGCGACCUUAUCGACGACAAAGCCUUCCGACCCCUGCAUAUCACUCAAGUUCAAACGGAAUGCCGUUGCAAAGGUUUCAAGCUGGUCAUUCAGUUGGGCCAUCAAAAUCAUAUGCCCUGAGUAGUGAACGCAACUUCCGUCGUCAUAGCAACAGCCCUAUCUACCCUUUAAAUAAACUAUAUGACGCACAUGAUUUAAGAAAUGUGGCUGACAGGAAACCUAAUGUAAUUUCAAAUUUAGAUUUAGAAUCUACACCAGAACAGCUUUUGAAUCAUCAUUCGACAAUGACAUCAUCAACUCAUAUUUUAGCUCAUGAGUCUUUAUCAGAAACUAGAAAUGCAGUUGAAAAGGCAGUGUCAGCAGAAGUAAUCGACCUGACAGAAGCAGACCUUGAGCCAAGGAGUUCUGUAUCCAGUUCUUCUCAGACUGCAGCAAAAAGUAGAAAUGACAGCAAAUCUGAAGACAGUGAUUCCGUAUUUGAUAUGGACAAAGGAACAGAGCAGACGAAGGCAAAGCUACGCGUAACUGGCCUUAAGAGACCUCGAUACUCUGAAUUAACAGGCUUCAAUGACAAUGCUCACAGUUUUGCCAACAAAAAGAUGAGAAGGGCUAGUGGUCCUGACAGAUUUGCAAGCCAUACCUCAAGUUCUACUUACAGCAGACCAAGAGAAAACUCUCGUAGCACAUCUCCUUACCCAACUGAUCUGCCGUUUACUCUAAAAACACUUACAGAAGAGAUCAAAAAGGAGAGCACAGAAUGCUUACAGAGCUCAGCUUUGCUGGCAAAAAAGCAAACACUCAGAUCUGUGCUGGAAAAUAUUUUCAGAGUACAAUUUCCAGGUUGUGUUCUUCAUCUGGUUGGCUCAUCUGUCAAUGGUCUCGGCAAUGAACAAAGUGAUGCUGAUUUCUGUCUCAUGUUGACUCAGUGGAGAGAGAUUGAUCAAAGGUCUGAAGCAAGAGGAAUCCUCCUGAAACUUAAUAGGCUCUUAAGCAGCUGCAGUUUUGUCGAGGGCAAUCAAGUCAUCUUUGCUACUGUCCCUAUCAUUAAAUUUGUAGACUCUGUAAGCCGUUGUGAAUGUGACAUCAAUAUCAACAAUCAUGUGGGAAUAAGAAAUACUUUUCUCAUAAAAGCAUAUUGCAAAGUUGAUCAGCGUGUUGGGCCACUUGUCAUGGUGGUCAAAACGUGGGCCAAAAAACAUGGAAUUAAUGAUUCCAAGGAUGGGACGCUGUCCAGUUAUGCUCUUACACUGAUGGUUAUCCAUUACUUACAAUGUGGCUGCCAUCCUGCAGUUUUACCAUCACUUCAAAAGGUUUACCCAGAGUUUUUCUCAGAAAAUGGGGAUAUCAAUGUUCUCUUAAAACAAGACGUAGAAAAAAUCAUCCUAGAUGCAAAUGUUACAAAGUCCCCGAACCACCAGACCCUGGGAGAACUACUGCUUGGGUUCUUCCAGUACUAUGCAGAUCAGUUCAAUUGGGAUAAAGACAUCAUCAGUGUUCGUUUAGGUCGCACCUAUGACAAAUCGUUAUAUGGAAAGGCUAGAAACAAGUACAUCUAUAUAGAAGAGCCGUUUGAUUACAACAACGUGGCGAAGACUGUGUACUGUGAGGAGAAAUUCAACAAAAUCAAGAUGAAAAUAAGUCUGGCUGCUAACAAACUAAAGGUUUCUCCAUCACUUAAAAGUAUCCUGUAGCCGUCGUAAAGAAAGGUCGUAUAAUCAAGAAGUGAUCCACCUCUGGUUUGUUUAGUUUGGAAAUAUUUUAUGUCCGUCGCUGAUGUUUGUUGGAAUCAUUGUGUUAGUCCUUGGUUAACCUUCGUUAACACUGAGUUUCACGGCUCUUUUGACUGUGCCAAUUGCUUUACAUUACUUCACAAUCACAUGCGCGAAAUUUUAUUGAAAAUUAUACGAUUUUGUGACCGCAUUUGAUUAAAAAGCAGUAUAUCAAACUAUCGCACGGUCUGUCCGCAAUGGUCUGUGGCACAUGGAAAUCAAAAAUAAUUCGCACAAGAAAACGAUAACCAUUUGAACGCGUUCAAAAAUGGAAGAAUGAUCCAGAAUUGAAGUAUUUUCUUCCAAAAACGGUAAGAUUUGAAAUUAUUUAAUUAAAAAAGGAAAAGAAAUAUAGACAACAACAAGAAAAGUUACGGAAAAUGUUCGCAAAUAUAACUAAGUUAGUUAAAAAAUAUCUAGUUUUCAGCUUCAAAUACGAAAAUGUUCAU